AUGCUGACCGACACGCCGUACCUAGCUGCGCCUCGAAGCAAGCAUCAUGUGAGGUUCCAUGUCUGGAGCAUCGUGCUGGCCUUUAUUGCCCAACUGACUUGUGACAUUCUCUCUUUUUUUACGUUGGAUGAAACUGUGCCAAAUGCUCUGUUUCAGACUUCCAUCAACAACGUGACAGAUUCCUUCCCUCUAGAAGUGACUAUGGACACCUGGUUGAAUGAUGUCUGGUUCAUUUUAGGGAUUUUGAGUAAUUGGUGGCUUACAGUGGCUUGCUACAGUCUUUACAAGAGAGGCAAACGUGAUCCCUGCAACCCAGAAAUACUUCCACCGCUCUUUUACCUAACUUGGAUCGUGGUGUGCUGCGCCGGGCUUGGCAGCUCACUUCUCUGGGACAGGCGCCUUGUCCUCGGAGCGGUGAUUCUAUCAUGGAUUCAAACGCUACUCAGUUUCGGGAUGCUCGUCGUGUCCUACCGCAACCUGUACCGGUUCAAAACCUGGCUGUUCCACAACGACCCCGAAAAGAUCGGCUGGAUUCGCUUCUGGGCACAAAACGGGUUGGGCCUUUUCUUUGGGUGGAGCUUCUUGAACUCCCUGCUACACCUCGGUAUCGCACUCAAGUAUAACGCAGGUGUGGAGGACCAUUAUGUCAGCACCAUUAUUCUCACCAUUGUCCUUGUGUGCAGUCUGGUUUGGUGCUUCUUGCAGAGCUUUUUGCUCAGAGAUUAUAUGCGUUACAACUGCACUACUUACAUUAUCCUCAUUUUGGGGAUGGCGGCAAUAUUCUCUAGAGGCUACGGGCACUACGGCUUUUCCACAAACAUGAUAUACUGUGGGGGCCUCUUUCUCCUGUUGAUUGCAAUGAGCGUCGCCCAGAUCAUCACACUUUGUAUGUGCCCGGACAAGGCUAGCGGGCCCGUUGCUAUGGACACACAUGGGGUGUCUGGGGUUUCUGGGACGGUGUUUGAUGCGGAACAACACCAACAAAAUAAAAUGUAAAAUAUUUGUAUGAACGGUAUGGAGACCCCUGUUUAUUAAGUUUUUUUUUUUAACAUUCUGUAAAACUGUCAUGAUAACGUUAAUGUUUCAUUUAGGAGCUGAUAUCUGGUUUCAACAGGUGUAGCAUUAUCAGUCAACUCAUUUCAACCUUUCUAUGCAAUUAUGCAAUACAUAUUAACCACCAAAAGGUGGCAGCAUAACUUCACAUUACAAUGACAAGAUGAAAUGUUUAGGAUUUACCACCAAGUGUCACUAUAACCUAAGACCUUGCAAGUCAACGAUGCUUUAUCAUUUUGUUUUUUGAAAUAGCAGACAAUAUUGUGUGUGUAUUAGGGGUGUAACUGUACACAAAAAUCUCGGUUCGGUACGUACCUCGGUUUUGAGGUCACGGUUCCGGUUAUUUUCGGUACAGUAAGAAAACAAAAUGCAAAAUUUAAUGUGCUAGUUGUUUAUUACACCCUUUUGUGUUUUCAACAAUACAAAGCUAGAACUCUGCUAAAAAAGUAGCGUGUAUUUAAAGAUAAUAAUCUAACAACAAUUUGCCUUUCAGACCCCGCGUAUUGGUCAGCUUUCUUUCUGAAAGAAGGAAGAUAAAAAAAGUCCUGUGCUAAAGAGAAAAGCAAUCCAGUGACAAAGAUUUUAACAUGUAUUUUACAAAUGAAAUGCCUCAAUGAUUUUUUUCC